UUUCUCUCACCCCCAUCGAAACCCUAAGUCGAUCCCGUUCCCCGAUCGAACACCUCUCUCUCUCUCUCUCUCUCUCUCUCUCUCUCCCCGCUUCUCUUCUUCCUCCGCGGAUCCCUCGAUCCAUCGAUUGAUCGCGAGAUCGAGAGAUUGAGAUCGUAGUCGAGGGCGAGGGCGAGGGCGAGGUCGAGGUCGAGGUCAGGGUCGAGGGCGAGGGCGAGGGCGAGUUCGAGGUCGAGAUCGAGGAAGGUUUUCGAUGGAUCUGGAGGUGUCGGGGCGCCACGCGCUCCUCUUCGACGACGACGCCGCGGCGGCGUUCGUGGGCUCCGCCUCCGCGCUCGUGCCCUGGAGCGCCGACGCCUCCCUCCUCAUCGACCGCUAUGACGUGCGCCACCUCCUCGACCGCGUCCCCCCGCGGCCCCUCGCUUCGACCGCCGCCGCGCCACCGCGCGCGCCGCGCCCGCCGAGGACGAGAUCGACCUGUAGCGUACGGAUCUCCCCUCCCGACGCACGAGUGGCGGCGCCUAUGGCCGUGGCAACUGCUUUUGACUUGAACUCUUUUUUUCCCCAAUAUAUUUAUUCUUAUUUGCUUUGUACUUUUUGCUUGUCAGGUUCAGAUGCAACUGCUCAAGGUGCUUAUCAGUCUGUUCCUUUCUCAUAUGGCGAUAAUGAUGGUUUAUCUGAUGCCAAGAGAACUGAUCCUGGAAUGGAAAAUUCUUGUUAUCGUCCACCUUUCCCAGUUCCGGAAAACUUAUUAAGCAACCUACCUCCGACUGAAAAGGUGCAUCAAAUAAUUGCACGAACGGCUCUUUUUGUGAGCAGGCAUGGAGGACAAUCAGAGAUUGUGUUGAGGGUAAAGCAGGGGGAUAAUCCGACGUUUGGAUUCUUAAUGCCCGACAAUCAUCUUCAUGCAUACUUCCGCUACCUUGUUGAUCACCCUCAGCUUCUAAAUGAGGUCAGGCAUACUUCAGCGGAAAACACAAAAGAUAAGGAAUUGGAAAAUGAAGAGGAUCAGGAGUCUGUUGCUGGCGGUGGGGCAUUAUCCUUGCUUGGAUCUGUGUAUGGGUCCGGAGAUGAUGAUGAUAGCAUGCUUCCAGCUGAUUCAAAAAGCAUGGAACCUGAAAACAAUACUAUUGCAACCAGCAAAGCUCGUGAAUCUUCUACAUCCGAGGUGUUGAAAGACAAAGAAGCAACUAAACUUACCACUUCUGCUGCCGUUCCUUCUAAGGAGAAGGUCAUCUCUAUUAAAAGUAACCAGUUUUCUAGCGUUGGCACUAUAAGUGCUACAGGCAGCAAGAAAGUUAAAGAUGGAGUUGGUCAAGUUCCUAGUUCUGUGGACAAGCUGCACAGUCUGCAGUCUGGUGUAUCUGAUAGAAAGCCAUUAAUUUUGGAGCCUCCAUCUUCCAUUAAAAGGAUGAUGGAGAAAAUAGUGGAGUUCAUUCUCAGGAAUGGGAAGGAGUUUGAAGCAGUGCUUAUUGAGCAAGAUAAGACAAUAGGGCGAUUUCCAUUUCUUCUUCCAUCACACCAAUAUCAUUCAUAUUAUUUGAAGAUUCUCGAAGAAGCUCGUGAGGCCAAGCUGCACGGCAAGAGCUCAUCGGAUCAGAAGCUUGACGUAAACAGUCACGGAGGAAGUAAGAAAAGGGCCCACAGAGCAACUUCUAGGGAAUCUGCUGCUUUCGAUCGGAGCUCGGAAGAGCCGGACAGUUGGCUACAUGACUCGCAGAGGAAGGAGAAGUUUAAGAUGGUGAUCGCCAGAGGGCCAAAGAAGGAUCCUGAACAACCCCCCAAACAGCGCGAGGUCAGCAUGGAAGAAGCUGCGGCCAUUGUCCUGGCGGCCACGAGGGGUGCGAGUCCCGCCAACGGCGGACGAAACGUUUCAGCAGAGGGAUCAGGGUCGGGCCGGGCCUCGCUCUCCAAGUUUGCGUCCGAAAAUGAAACCGGCUCUUCUUUGCAAUCGACCAAAGACGACGUCUGGAUUGCGAACGCGAUUGCGAAGACGGCGGCCCUUGUGGCGUCCCGAGAAGCCGACUCCUCGGAAGCCUCGCUUACGAAGGAGCAGAAGCUGAAGGCGGAGCGGCUGAAGCGGGCCAAGAUGUUCGCCGCCAUGAUAAAGAGCGGCGGCCACCCCCCGUUAGACGGGCUGGUCGGUUCGUCUGUCGCUGCUCGCAGCGGAUCGGCAGAGCCUUCCAACGCCGCUGGUUCUGCUAGGUCCGGCGGGGAGUCGGAUCCUGUGGCCAAGGAGCGAGAAGGAAGCUCGGUUCCCUUCGAUACCACCAAGCACGAUAACAAUGGGGAUAACAAGUCUAGAAAGAAACGUCAUUCUCGGGAGGAGGAAGAAGAAGAAGAAGAGAAAGACGAGUCCUCGAAGGAACGCCAUAAGCACUCGAGGAAGAAGCACCGGUCGGAACAUUCCACCGGCCAUAGCAGGGAUGAUGAUGAUCAUGAUCAUGAUCACAAACACAGGAAGCGGCAUUUGUCUCGGCAUCACCACCGCCAUCAUCGUAAACAUAGUAGCUCUUCAGAAGAAGAAGAAAUUAGUCGUAGUCGUCGGCAUAAAAAGAGCUCCAGGUCUAAACACAGGGACGGGGAUAACGACAACCACGAUGACAGUUCCGAGGACGAGAGUCGAGACGGGUGUUCGAGGCGGAAACACCGCUCACGGUCUAAAAGGGAAAGGGACGACGGCCGGGGAGAGGGGAGCGAGUCGAGGACUGUAGAAAAGUCGCAAGUGGAGACGCAACCAGCGGGCUCCGCUGCUGCUGUGGCCGACGUCCCGAACGAGCUGAGAGCGAAAGUCCGAGCCAUGUUGCUCGAAACCAUGUAGCACAUAUAUUACAUCCCAGAUGCGGCAAAUGUGAUGAUGAUGUAUCUUCUUUUCUUUUUUUUUUUUCAUCACAAUCCCUCUCUUUCUUUGUACCAUUUAACUUUUCUAUCAGAAUGUGAUUUUUUUUUUUUUUAGUUUU